AUGAGUUGCGGGAGAUCUGAAAACACUACCAGAAAAUGCAGGACGCGUUCAACACCUGGUGAAACGAUGUAUCUACAUACUGCAGAUGCUAAAAAGAUCACCCACUACCAAGCUAAUCUACCAACAACAAUGGAUCGCGAUAUCGGCGCCUACCCUGUGAAGCACCACUUUCCGUCUCCUAUAGUUUCUUGGAUAGAAGACCUUUCUAGCUUUGGCGAUGUUCCUUUUAGUCAUGAUACUGAAUACGUGGAUGAUCAAUCAACACCUUCAUUUGGGCAGUCUUUUGCAUCUAGCAAUUUGCAUGACAUGCAAAUAUCAGUGAGAUUGACAGACGAAUUCAUGGAACUUGCAAAGGAGAAUACAAGCAAUAAUCUAGAGACCUGUGGAAUUCUUGGUGCUUCAUUUAGGGAUGGAACUUAUUAUGUGACAACAUUGAUCAUUCCAAAGCAAGAAGGAACUGCUCACUCAUGUCAAGCUUCUAACGAGGAGGAGAUACACGCCGUAUUAUCAGAGCAGUCACUUUACCCUGCAGGGUGGAUACAUACUCACCCUUCACAAACAUGCUUUCUAUCGUCGAUCGAUUUGCACACUCAAUUCUCUUAUCAGGUCAUGCUACCAGAAGCUGUUGCCAUUGUUGCUGCUCCCACCGAUCCUACUAGGCAUGUGUUUUCUUGCUUAAAAUUAAGGAGCUAUGGUAUAUUCAGGUUGACAGAUCCAGGAGGCAUGGAUGUGCUCAGGGAGUGCAGUGAGAGUGGGUUCCAUACUCACCGAGAGACGACGGAUGGCGGUCCAAUAUAUGAAACCUGCACCAACGUGCAUUUCAAACCUAAUUUGCGGUUUGAGAUUGUCGAUCUGCGUUCUGGUGCGUGA